AUGGCUUAUGUAGCACCAAAGGUGAAAUGGCACAAACCAAAGGCGUACCGCAACGAUGUGAUCGCCACAGCCAAGGCCACGGGUUGUAUUUUGCAGUACUGGAACUCUCUGCUUGUGGGUGAUGAGCUGACAGUACUCAGCAUCGUGGACGACAAAGAGUAUGUCUACCUUGUUGAUGCCAUUUUUGACACCAGCAACAUAGAUGAGUGGAAGAACUUCAGAUUUAACUACAGGGGCUUAAUCUUGAGCUCAGAGUUGACUUUAUGCCAAUUAUACUCCCUGCUGGCAGGACUAUGGUCACUAACUUAUGAGCAGAAGCUGACCACACCACUUCACAUCACAGCUAGCCGAGGCUUCACAGACUGCCUGAGACUCCUGCUGCAACGUGGGGCUGAUGUAAACCUGGCACCUGGUGGCACAACUGCCCUGCAUGAGUCCUGUGAAAACUGCCACCCAGAGUGUACCAAACUACUGCUAAUGCACGGUGCCAACCCCAAUGCUGUCUCAGAAGAGGGUCUAAUGCCUUUGCAUGUGUGUUCAAGUCCUGAAUCCCUGGAAUGUGCCAAGUAUCUCCUGCAGUAUGGUGCAGCAAUCAAUGGUUGCACUGUAGAUGAAGAAGACGCUCCCUUACAUACAGCAGCCAGGAGCGGCCUCCUAGAACACACCGAGCUCUACCUGAGCUACGGAGCUGCUGUGAACAGAAAGAAUCAGAUUGGCCUUACACCCCUCAACACCGCUUGUUCUCAGCGCCAGGAGGUGCAGGACCUCGAACGUUACUUCAAGUUGUGCCAAAUGCUGCUGGGGGCAGGUGCUGACAUCCGCACUAUGGACCAGGACAGACACACUCCUUUGCACAUGGCCUGCAAGAAUGCAAAUCCAGACAUAGUAGAUAUGCUGCUGGCUAAUGGAGCCAGUGUUAACGACAUGGACUAUGGAGGUGAAACCCCUAUGCACAACAUCCUGAAGGAGGUGUGCUUCAAGGUUUCCCAUCACCCUGAGAGGAUUGUCCGCACUCUGCUCAACUAUGGUUCCAUUCAAAUGUGGCCUGGGGCUUUGCCCAAGGUUCUGGCGCAUUGCUGCGUAUCUCCAGGCACCAUUGAGGUCCUUCUGAACGUCUACAGUCACCUCAAAGUCAAUGACACCUGGGUUGAGUCCGUGUCCGAGGAAGUGUUUAAGGAGCACAAGGAUUUCUACGAGUCACUCUUCUCCUUGGCACGGACUCCUCGCUCCCUGCAGCAUUUGGCACGUUGCAAACUCAGGACUUUCCUGCAGGGUCGGGUACACAAGGUGGUCCCAAAGCUUGAUCUGCCCACAUUCAUCAAAAACUACCUGCUGCUGGAAUGCAGAGGCUAUGUCCACUGAAAGCACCUUAUGCAGUAGUUAGUUAGACCUGAUGAUGAUUGAGUGCUGCUACAUGUGAGGAGGGAUUGGUAGUAGCAAAUAAUAACACUGAAGAUCACAAUAGAAAUGUAACAGACUGAAUAUGUUUAAAGCCUUUUG